CUAUAUCGCACAUGUCCAAAUUGCUCUAAAUUCUUCAUUAAAUAGAUUAAAGUAUUAUUAAAUACAAAGCAAUUUAAUAAACUUGGUCGUGAUUGUAAUUAGAUUAGUAUAGAUAAUAUUGGUGUAAAUAUAUAAACAGUAUGUAAUGUAAUGUUGUACAACUAAUAAUUUCGUUUUUUUUUGUGUAAUGACAUGCAGUUACAUUCAGCAUGUAAAUUCUAUUUCACAUUAAAACAAUUACAUACAACAUGAUAAAAUCUACGUUAUCACGAAGUGCAAUAACGUUCUUAACUCGUAAUUUGUCCAUGUCUCCGAAAAUAAUGAAAAAAAAUACUAAAGUUGACAUCGCUCAGAGGAUUGUAUGGAUGGAUCUUGAAAUGACAGGACUUGAUAUUGAAAAUGACCACAUAAUGGAAAUAGCGUGUCUUGUGACAGAUGCACAGCUAAAUGUAGUGGCGACAGGUCCCGAUAUAGUUAUAAAUCUACCUGAAGUGACUUUAAACAAAAUGAAUAACUGGUGUAAGGUCCAGCAUGGUGAGACAGGGUUGACAGAGGCUUGCCUUAAAUCAGACACAUCAUUAGCUGAAGCUGAGAGGAUAAUUCUGAAGUUUGUCAGUAAUCAUGUACCAGAGAAAAUUUGUCCACUGGCUGGUAACAGUAUUUAUAUGGAUAGGAUGUUUUUAAUAAAGUACAUGCCUAAAUUAAAUGAUUAUUUACAUUAUCGUUGUAUAGAUGUCAGUACAGUUAAAGAAUUGGCAAAACGAUGGUACCCACGAGAAUAUUCUUUAAUACCCCAAAAAAAAUUUGAGCAUCGGGCAUUAAAUGAUAUUCUUGAGAGCGUCCAAGAACUAAAAUAUUACAAGGAAAAUAUAUUUAAGACUGUAUUAUAAUUGAAAUUAGCAUUUUUUUGUAGUUAAUCAAUAUUUGUAUUUAUAAGCUGAGAAAUCAAUCAAGAUCAUCAAGAAAAAAAUAUAAAAUUAUAAAAAUGGAGUAUUUAAUAACAACAUCAACAUAAGUUUACUGUGAAGAAAGGCUUUUUUGUUAUGGUGCCGCAAUUCACAAUUGCAGUCGCAAUAUAUGUGCUCCUAUCGUCGUACCCACAGACUUUUGUCUGCACGUGAUCAUGACGCUUGCAACAGCGCGGAUAUAUCUGUAACUCAUUAAAUAUGAAAAUCGUUGUUAAAUAAUAGUGUGUCCAUGUUACGCGAAAGUUUAAAACAAUUCAUUGUAUGUAUAUGGUAUGGGUACUGUUAGUAAAUGAAGUUAAUUAAUUUAGCACUUAUCGAUGUAUUUUAAUUAAAUUUGAAUUACAUAAAUAAACGGACGCAGG